CUCCGUCAGCUCUCGGUCUGUAAAAGAAGCGUAUCCUGCACAGACCACAGGCUGCAUACCAGACCUUUGUUCCAACUGCAGCUUCACCACUGACGCGCUUUGUGCAGAAAAUUACAUCGAAAUGGCGAUGAUACUGGCUUACUGGGAUAUCCGCGGGCUGGCCCAGCCCAUCCGCUUCCUCCUGGAGCACACCGGUACCAAGUAUGAGGACAAGUUUUACGUCUGUGGUGAAGCUCCAAACUAUGACAAAAGCUGCUGGUUUGAUGUAAAACCAAAACUUGGAUUAGACUUCCCCAAUCUACCCUACCUGGUGGAUGGAGACAAGAAGAUCGUGCAGAGCAAUGCUAUCAUGAGAUAUGUUGCUCGUAAGCACAACUUGUGUGGAGAAACUGAAGAGGAAAAGGUGCGGGUGGACAUCAUGGAGAACCAGGCCAUGGACUUCAGGAAUGGCUUCGUCAGGAUGUGCUACACAGACCUUGAUAAAAUAAAGCCAGGAUACCUCAGUAUGUUGCCCACAACGCUGAAGCAGUUCUCAGACUACUUGGGAGACAGGAAGUGGUUUGCUGGUGAUAAGAUCACUUUUGUGGACUUUCUUAUGUACGAGUUGCUGGAUCAACACCGGAUGUUUCAUCCUUCAUGCCUGGAUGAGUUCAAGAACCUCAAAGAUCUUUUAGACCGUUUUGAGGCACUGGAGAAGAUCGCCGCCUACAUGAAGUCAAGCAAAUUCAUGAAGACCCCCGUCAACAACAAGAUGGCCAAAUGGGGAAACAAGAAAGAGUGAAGAAAUCACAUGCCUUAGAGAAACAAAUAAGUGCAGUUCACAAUUGCAAAGGACUGAACAAACCCUGAAUUCCGGGCCAGAGAAACAUUUUUGUGCUUCUUUUUUUUGUUAAACGUUAACUAGACUUCCAGUCCUUGAAUAUCAAUGCAACUCACUAUUUCUAUAAACACUUGUAAGUUUUGAACUUGUGGGGAAAGAGGGGAAUAAAAAGUUUGUACUGAUGUUAUAAACUUUAAUUUCAAAAUACUUGUUACAAUUGAAAUACAAUUUUUGUGGACAGAUUAAAAUAAUUCUAACUUUU